GUGGGGGUGGAGGGUUAUAUUCAGGCGGGUUUGGUGAAUGGUAGAUAAACAAAUCAUGAAUGAAGGUCACGUCCCUUUCCUCCCCUCCCUCCUCCUCAAUCCCCCUUUUCUUUUAUGUCGGGUUCCCCAACCACUUUUCUUUUAAUAUACAUACAUACAUAUAUUCUGUCUCUAUAUGUUUUCAGAUUACUUCUGCUGCUCAUCAUAAUUAUAUUCAUAUUUCUCACGCAGAUACCUUAAUUCCGUUUAUGCAGACUCUCAUCAACGCUUUCAUCCUCCAAUUUCACCAAGAUUAUGUCAAAUUACCAGGUAGAUGAUGAAUAUAUGGCUGAUGAAUAUGAAAUGGAAGAUAUAGAUGAUGAUGAUGAUAACAUGGAUUAUGAGCUUCAUGGCAGAGGCGCUGGCUCGGACUCUGAUGUCGAUGAAUACGAUUACAUGAGUAAUAAGCUGCAAGAUACUUCCGCUGCUCAAGCAAGAAGAGGCAAGGACAUUCAAGGUAUUCAAUGGGAACGGCUCAGCAUCACUAGGGAAAAAUAUCGGCAAACUAGACUAGAACAGUACAAGAAUUACGAAAAUAUCCCUCACUCUGGAGAGGGUUCAGAGAAGGCAUGCAAAGUUACGAACAAAACGGGCUUGUUUUAUGACUUUAGACAGAAUUCAAGAUCUGCUAGAUCAACGAUUCUUCAUUUUCAGUUGAGAAACCUAGUAUGGGCUACAUCAAAACAUGAUGUCUACUUAAUGUCACAUUUCUCUGUCUUCCAUUGGUCUUCCUUAAAAAGCGUCAAGACUGAAGUCCUUAACGUCUCAGGACACGUGGCACCAUGUGAGAAGCACCCUGGAAGUCUGCUAGAGGGAUUUACUCAGACGCAAGUUAGCACAAUGGCAAUAAAAGAUAAUUUGCUUGUUGCUGGUGGAUUUCAAGGAGAACUUAUAUGCAAGUAUUUAGAUAGACCUGGAGUUUGCUACUGCUCUAGGACAACUUACGAUGAAAAUGCUAUUACUAAUGCUCUUGACAUUUAUACUACUCCAAGUGGUGCAAUGCAUUUCACAGCUUCAAACAAUGAUUGCGGCGUCAGAGAAUUCGAUAUGGAAAAUUUUCAAAUGACUAAGCACUUCCGUUUUCCUUGGCCAGUAAACCAUACUUCUAUUAGCCCCGAUGGUAAGCUUCUUAUUGUCGUGGGAGAUAACCCGGUGGGACUGUUGGUGGACUCUCGUUCAGGAAAGACAGUCGCGUCAUUAUUCGGACACUUGGAUUUCUCAUUUGCAUCAGCAUGGCAUCCCGAUGGUCAAACUUUCGCAACAGGGAACCAAGACAAAACCUGCAGAGUUUGGGACAUACGAAACCUGUCAAAAUCAGUAACAGCUCUCAAGGGAAACAUAGGAGCCAUUAGAUCUAUCCGUUACUCAUCCGACGGUCGGUUCAUGGCCAUGGCUGAACCGGCUGACUUUGUACAUGUGUUUGAUGUUAAUAGUGGUUAUGAAAAGGAGCAAGAAAUCGAUUUCUUUGGUGAGAUAUCGGGUACGUCUUUUAGUCCUGAUACAGAAUCGCUUUUUAUUGGUGUUUGGGACCGUACGUAUGGCAGCCUACUGGAGUUGGGACGGAGGCGCAAACAUUUUUACUUGGAUUCUCUAAUUUGACAUGGUUUUCGAUUAUACCAUAGAAGUUGUGUAACAUAUGUAGAAUGGAAAGAUGUACAGAAGCUAGCAAAGAAACUGGCCAUGAAAUCAUUGUUAGGGGUUAUAUGUUACAACACAUUUACAUGGUCGGGCUCUUUCAUACGAGAAUUUCAUAAUAUGUCGCUCGUUCUGAUAAUACCAUCAAUCUAUCGCGCUAA